AUGACUAGUAGGAAAGUCUAUACCUGUUGCAAUCAAUUACCACAUGAUAGAUUUCUUGGAGUUGAACAUUAUUUGCGUAUGAAUUGUAAUCAAUUAAUCUUGUCUUCUCCAAAGCAUUCAUUAAAAAAGGAUAAGACAAUAGAAUCUUCAAAAAGUAUUGAUGAUGAUGAUGAUGAUGAUGUUAUUAUAUCGAAUAGAGAACAAUAA